CACCCACGCCCCACCACAAUGCCGCAGUACUUCCUGCGCCUGUCGCUCGAGCACCUCUCGUUCCGCAUCCCCGAGCUGCUGUCCAUCGCGCAGCUGUUCGACUUUGAGCUCAAGUUUGUCUCGGAGGACCUGAGCCGCGGCGUCGUCGUUAUCGAGGUUGACAAGGAGGAAUAUGUCGAGCGGAUCUUGGACCGCGGGAUCCUGGUGAUCUCCGCCAACCGCCUCUACGCCCAAGGCGCCUCCUACGACGAGCUCCACGACCAGCUCAAGACCCGCCUCGACCUCUUCGAGCCCGACCUCGACGUGACCUUCAAGAUGGUCGUGGACGGGGUGAACAACCGCGCGCUUGACCGGCGCGCACGUGCAGUCAUCAACUCGUUCGCGUACACCGGCCUGCGGGGCAAGAUCGACCUCACGAACCCCGAGGUCGAGUUCGUCGCGCUCGAAGACUACGACCUCGUCACGCUCCACACGCACGAGGCGCGCCUUGUCCGCGACGGAAACUUCCGCCAGGUGUACUUUGGUCGCCGCGUCGGCGUGUCCCGUGCUCGCCCGCUGUUCAACGUCAUGGACGUCAAGCAGAGGACGUUCUACGGCAACACGACGAUGGAGGCUGAGAUGGGGCUGUUGGUGGCCGGGCAGGCGCUGCCUGCCCCCGGGAAGAUCAUCUACGACCCGUUCGUCGGUACCGGCUCGCUCCUCUACUCCGUCGCCAUGUGGGGCGCGUACGUCGUGGGCUCGGACAUUGACGCGCGCCAGUUCCGCGGCAAGGCCAAGGGUAAGGGCAUCACGCCGGGCAUCCUCCGCUCGGCAGAGCAGUACGGCGUCCGCGACAAGUUCCUCGACAAUGUCAACUUUGACGUGACACAGGGGCCGUGGCGCCGCGGCGGGUGGAUGGACGCGAUCGUGACGGAUCCUCCUUACGGCGUGCGUGCCGGUGCGAAGCGGAUAGGACGGUCCGAGACGCGAAAGCGCAACGUGCUCCGCGACGAGGCAUAUGUGAUGCCCGACGGAUCGCUGGCACACCAGAAAGAGUCCUACCUCCCCCCCUUCAAGCCCUACGAGCUUGUCGACCUCACCCUCGACCUGAUCCACCUCGCGCGCUACCUCCUCGUCAAGGGCGGCCGCCUCGUCUUCUUCCUCCCAACAGUGACCGAGGACUUUGACCACGUCGACGUGCCCAUCGUCGAUGGCAUGCAGGAGCUCAAGUGGGGCGAUGGAAGUGUGCAGGACUUUGGCAAGUGGGGACGGAGGCUCAUCACCAUGGUCAAGACGACCGACGAGUGCCCGCUUCCGACGUUCGGCAACCACGUCGACGAGCUGACGGCGGACCGACUGCCAGGGCACCACGAGUUUGCCAAGAGGUACCUCGAGGGUUUCAAGUCGCGCGAGGAGUCGGAUGCCGAGAAGUCGCACAUCACGCCCAAGCCGCUCGCCAACCCGACCGUCAAGGGCGCCGAGCUGCCCGUCGCGGCGAUCUCGACGUGGCCCGUCGGCGCGGUCGCCUCGGUCCUCGCUUUCCCCACGACGCUCGACUCUGAGCGCCUGCAGAACGCCGUCGCGACCGCCGCGAGCUACUGGCCUAACGUUGCGGGGCGGUACGUCAAGGCCUCGACGCCGGGGUACGAAUUUGCUAUCGCCGUGACCCAGUCGCCGAUCCCGUACUCUACACAGACGGUCGACGCGGCGUACCCCUUCCCCGACAAGCGCGUCAUCCAGCCCAGCCUGGGCGACUACCUCCCUCCGCUCGCGCCCAACUUCUUCGUGGCCGGCGCCGACGCGCCCCUGCUCACUGUGCGCCUGACGACGCUGAGCUCGGGCGGCUCCGUGCUCGGUAUCAACGGCGCGCAUAUCCUCGGCGACGCGAAGACGUUCUCGCGCUUCAUCGAGGACGUGUCCCUCUUCUAUAACCUCCCCAGCGUGUCCCUCGAGGGCGACGAGCUGCCCACGUUCGCGCCCCACGUCAACAUCCCCCACUCGACCCCCGGCGUCCGCGAGCAGUUCGAGUUCUUCGGUGUCAACCCCGUGCCCAUGGCCGACAUGGUCAAGGGCUACGCCGAAGCCGAGGCCCAGAGCGAGGCCGUUACCGUCAUCCUUACCCAGGACGAGCUCAAGCACAUCACUGCUGUCCGCCUGCCUGGCGAGAAGCUGUCCGACCAGGACCUUCUCUCCGGCUGGUGGGUCAGCGUGCUCGAGCGCGCCGGCCAGCAGUUCACCGACAUGGUGUACACUGUCAACUACCGCGGCAUGCACAAGGACCACCCGGCAUUCCCGCCCAACCUCGGCACCCUCUCCGCCAACGUGGCGCAGAUGCGCAAGUUUGCCCUGCCUGCCAAGGUCGCCGACACGCCGUCGCCCAAGCGCACGGCGGCGAUCGCGCGUGUGGUCAGAGGCGCGCUCAACGAGCUGCGCAACGACGCCGACCUGACGCUCAAGUGGCUCUCGAACGCGGCCGACCACCUCGAGGAGGCGGCCAAGACGGGCCAGGCGCAGCUGCUCGUCCCGCCGCCCGGCGUGGCCAUGGUCAACUCGAACCUGCGGUACGACUGGGCCAUCAAGUUUGGCCAGCCGAGCGCAAACUACCACACGAGCACGUCGCUCCCGCGCUUCCUGCGCGUGUUCCAAGCCAACCCGCGCGAGGGCGCCGACCAGCCCGGCGAGCGCGACGUCGAGCUCGUCUUCCGUGUCGAGUGGGGCGGCGCCGCCGAGGCCGUCAAGCAGGUCAUUGCCGACGACCGUAAGCGCUGGGCGACCGAGCCGCUGCCCGACGCCGCAGGCGAGGACAAGAAGGAGGAGCCACAGGUCACGACCUUUGCGUUCAACAGGAACGUGCACAGGCCGUCGUGGGGUGGCUACGGCAACUAGCCGCCGAGCGCGCAGCGCGAGGUGGAGCGAUGUACAGUGCGCUCAUAGAGCCGAGUCGCGGAUUAUAGAUGAAAAGAGAUGCAGCAAUGAAGAA